AUUGGGCCUCCGAGUUAGUUGUGAGGAUGGUUUAUGGGGGGACAUAACCAAUUGUCAUUCGGAUCUAUAUCGAUGAAUUGAAGAUUGUUUUGAUUUUUAGUCUUGGAGAUUUUGAUUGUUUUUAAAAUGUAUUCCUUGUUUUUCAUAGUCUUAUUUGGGAUAAUUUACAUAUCCGCCGGACAACAAAUGUCAUACGCAGAAAUAACUGCACUUUCUGAACAACUCAGUAAAGAACUCCUGAUAGAGUUAGCCACUGAAGGCAAGGCCAUAGCAUCAAACAAAACAGCAGCACAGAGCGUUCCGGCAACUCCAGAAAAUGCCAGGAUGAAGAAUUUCAAACAAGUAGCAAUGGCCGAUGGUGCUUUGGGCCAAUUAAGAAAUAGGUUAUUACAGAGAAUGAUGAUGGAGUCCCAGAACAAACCACCACAACCACAAAAUACACAUCAGAAAUUACAACUACAACGCAUGCAUCAAGAAAUGAAAAUACAGAAGCUUACACAGGAAUUGGAAGAACGUAAGCGGCAACAAGUAAAAUUACAACAGAUGUUAGCUUUACAACAAUCGUCUGUUCAUGAUCCUACACAUACACAACUAAACCAUGACCCGAUGGGUUCACAACUAAACCAUGACCAAAUGGGAUCUGCUGGCAUGAAUAGCUUUGAUCCCCAUGGUCAGGCGUCGGCUGGGAUUACUAGUUUUGAUCCCCAUGGUCACGCGUCCGCUGGGAUGACCAGUUUUGAUCCCCAUGGUCACGCCUUAAAAGCUCUCCCUAUGGAUGCAAUGAUGCAAACUUUAAGAAGCAGAAUGAACAAUGCUGGUGCGGGAUCAUCUUCAUCUUUAGUUCCAGAUUUAAGUGGUUUCAAAGGUCAGUUAGACGCUAUUGGCUUUCAAACGCCAGGUCCCUCAGCAGCAAUGCCUUUUGAUGUCAAUUCGUUCGUGCCACAACAACCCAUACAGCAAGCACAACCAGCACAACCAGCACAACAACCACAGCCAGUACAGCCAGCUACAAACAAACAUACAAUAAACAUUACUGUUAAAAGAAAAACAAAGGUAAAUGUUCCUGGUCUACCUGUUAACAUGGCCAAGUUUCAGAAACCUAAUCCAGCACCACAAGUAAAUACAAACGUUUCUACAAAACCAUCUGCCAUAACUCCUGAACUUUUAGCAAUGUUAGAAGCUUUAAGAGCUGGGCAUGCAGCAGGAAGUCCUGUCGCUACACAAACAGCAGUACAUCCAGUACCAGCGGCUGUACCAAUCAAUGUAGCACAACAAACACCAGCUAUGACAAUGGGCGCAUUAACAGGUGCCCCAUCAAUCCAACAAGUUAACCCUCUUGCUAAUAUGGUUCAGGCUGCUGCGGCUGUGCAAACACAACAAUCAGCAGGUGCCGUUUCUGGAAACAUGUUAGCGUCAGCUGUGACAGCAAAAACAGCCAGUAAUACAAUGGCGGAUAUGCUUGACACACAACUUGACGCCAUGUCGGACAUGGCUGAGGCCGGAAUGGGAUUCGGAAUGAUGAAUAUGAUGAGUGGGAUGAAUGUUAUGGGUGGAAUGGGCGCCAUGGGUGGAAUGGGAGCCAUGGGUGGAUUAGGCGGGAUGGGUGGAUUAGGUGCUAUGGGUGGACUGGGUGGAAUGAACGGUAUGGGUGGAAUGGGUGCUUUAGGUGGAAUGAGUGGAUUAGGUGGAAUGAGUGGAUUAGGUGGAAUGAGUGGUAUGGGUGGAUUAGGCGCUAUGGGUGGAAUGGGUGCGUUAGGUGGAAUGGGUGGAUUGGGCGGGAUGGGUGGUUUAGGGGGUAUGAUGGGCGGAGGGGGCAUGGGAAAUGGCAUGGGAGUGAGUAGUGGUUUCGGCGGUUUGGGAAUGAAUCGUAUGAUGACAUCGACGUUUAUGUCACCCAUGAUGUCCUAAUGACUCAGUCAACGAUUAUAAUAUGAUGAUGAUCGGUAAUACCAUUAAAAACAAAGGAACGAGAAUAUAGCAUGAGUUGGCAGGACGGUCCAAGCUUUCAAAGUAAAACUGAAAGGGUUCGAACAUUGAAACCCAAAAGAAGUCAUUGAUGCUAGCUGAAUAAACUGGUGAUGUUUAUAUGAUGUUAGACUGGAUAUGAUUAUUUUAUUUACUAUUAGGAGUAUACCUCUUUUAUUUUCGUUAAAUGUGUACGUUUAAAGAAUUGAAUGGCAUUAUGAGAAAACAUUUCUUUAAGUCAUUCAUGAAAAUUCUUUGUCGCAUUUAUAUUAACCCGAAUAAUUCAGUCUUUAUGUUCCACUGAUCAUCGAUUACUUCAUUAACAUCGCAAGUAGGAGAGCUCGAUUAAUUCAUUAACCUCGCAAGUAGUAGAGCUCGAUUACGUCAUUAACCUUGCAAGUAGGAGAGCUCGAUUACGGAGAGGUACUGAAUUAUUCGGGUUCAAUUUAGUUCAUAAUUGUAAUUUUUUAUGGAUGUUUUACAAAAGAGAUGUAAAAAACACCUACUCAAAUUAUUUCAUUCUCAGUUGGUAACGCUAUGUAUAUUUUUAAUUAUUUAUAUUUGUGGAAAAUUAUCGUUCUUAAAUAAAUGAUAAAUAAAAUGUACUAUCACGUUUAGAUUAUUUAUAUUUUUUUAAAUUGAAUGCGCCCAUCACGUAAUUUUUCAGAUUGUCUUUCAUUGUUACAUCAUUUUGAAAAUCCAUUAAUUUGUUUGUUUGACCAUUGUUCAGAUAUUAGUUAACUAAUUUAAUGUGAUCAGUGAAAUUUUGCAUUGCCAUCUUUGCAAUAUUUAACUCAUCUUUCGUUUGUUUCGGAAAAAAAUUUGAUUUAUUGUCAAUUGUCAUGUUUACCUAUAGCAUUAACGGUACAACAUUUUAUAGUACAUCAGAUGUGUAUUUCGAAAUAAAUGUUCGAUAUCAACAAUAAUUAAAAGCCCAUAACCUAAUCCAAACGUUGAAAACCUGACGAAACAAAAACUUAUCAAGCGUGAAGCCAAACCUGAAGAAUGUAACUUUUUACUUCAGAAUAUUUUUGAAUUUCAUUACAAAUUAUUUUUCUUUUGUGAUUUUUUUGAAAUUUUUAAUAUAAAGAAAGUGUUAACCUAUUAUAUGAGAGUCUGUAUGGAUGUCCUUUAUUUCUGUAUGCUUCUAUUUUUUUCAUUAUUUUUCUCUUUCCUUUUUCUUUUUUUUUAAUUUUGCAUUCAUUAAGCAUCCCUAUAAAGUCAUUAAUUGAGUAUUGUUAUUAAAAUUUAUUUAUUGAUCUAUAAUUUCAUUACCUUAACAUUUUUGUAUGCAUGUUAAGUAUUUACAUUUGUAUGAAUUCAUUCAUUUGUUACAUGUAUGUGCGUGCUUUAAGGUUUUUCUGUUUAGAUUCUUACAUUAACUGUUAAAAUCCAACUUAUUUUCACGAGCGAUUUAUUGUCUCGACUUUCGCGUGAAGCAAAAUAACGCAAAGAUAAAUCGUCACGAAAAUUUAAAACUUGGCUCUUUUCUUGUCUAACGCCAUCAUGAACACUUUGAAAAUUUCGAAAUUAAAUUGCUACGAAUUGGACUAAAAAGGACUAACAGCUUAAUAAAGUAUAUGUGAAAAUAAGUUUGUAAACAGUAUGAGGACUAAUAAUACUGUCAUUAGCAAAGGUUUCAAAUACAGUAGUAAAAACCACAGAGGUAUCGUCUUUUUGUUCGUUUUUCAUCAUGAUUAACUUAAACAUUGGUACAAUUUCCUAGGUUUGUUUUAUUUAUGUUAAUGUGUAUAGACCAUGUGUUGACAAUAUACAUAAUGUUGAUUUGUACAAUUACAUAUGCUUAUUUAUUUCAUAGACUUUUUUGUGAAUAACUAUUU